CCAUCCCCCCAAAAACAACUUAUCACUUCACUUCUUUAAAUAUAUAUCUAUCAAUCUAUAUAUAGCCUAAAACCAAAGCUAUACUAUAUAUUCUUCCAUCUCUUAGCUUGCUUCAUUAUAUUCUAUAUGCUAUAUAUACACAUCAAUAUCUUCAUAUAUCCUGGAUAGCUUUGAUUUUUUCUUCAAGAAAAUAUAAGUUUAACUGAGGAAUAGUUGUAUAAUAUAUAUAAUGGGGUGCAGUGGUUUCUUGCCUUUGUUUGUUAUGGUGAUAGUUCAGCUAGGAUAUGCCGGAAUGAAUAUUGUAGCGACGGCGGUGAUGGGCGCCGGCAUGAAUCCCUUCAUCCACAUAGCUUACCAGCAAAUGUUUGCCACCAUUGCCCUCGCUCCCUUGGCUUAUUUCUUGGAGAGGAAAUCAAGGCCUAAAAUGACACCCAACAUAUUUUUCCAGAUCUUUCUGGCCUCCACCUUUGGGCUUACAGGGGACCAAAUCACCUACUUUGUAGGCCUAAACAAUUCCACUCCAACUGUUGCAUCUGCUUUGGUAAACUUAGUACCCGCAAUCACAUUUAUCGCUGCAGUCCUAUUUAGACUUGAAAGCGUGGGCCUAAGAACGAAGGUCGGACAAGCAAAGGUUUUGGGGACCCUAAUAUGCAUUGGUGGGGCGAUGUUGCUAACGUUGUACAGGGGACACGUGGUCAUCGGCCAGUCCUCCAUUCACUGGAAAUAUGCAAAAAAUACAGUGGACAAGAACACUUCUAGCAGCCAUGGAAAUGUGAUUUUGGGACCUAUUAUGGUCAUUCUCAGCUGUUGUUCAUAUACUGCCUUCCUAAUUACCCAAGCAAGGUUGAGUAACCAGUAUGGAGCUCCAUACUCUAGCACAGCUUUAGCAUGUUUGGUGGCAUUUUUUGAGUGUGUGAUAAUUGCCUUGUGCGUUAAUCACAGCAUUUCUGAUUGGAUUUUGACUCCCAUGAGAGCUGUCUCCACCACUUACAAUGGACUUGUGUAUUCUGCCCUUGCAAUCUGCCUCACUUCAUGGUGUAUAGAGAGGAAAGGCCCUUUAUAUGUUGCGGUGUUCAACCCUUUGUUGCUUGUUCUUACUGCCAUUUUAAGCUGGGCUUUUCUUCGUGAAAAAAUAUAUACCGGCACAGUGGUGGGAUCAAUCCUAAUUGUGGUGGGACUCUAUAUUGUGUUGUGGGGAAAGAAGAAUGAGUUGCAGGUGAUUAAUGUAGAAGAUAACAACAAAUUGAAGGAGAAUGAUGCAGAGGAAAUAGAAGCUGGAGAGUGCUGAUCGAGAUGGAUCGAGUAACCAGCUUUUUCAUCUGCAGAUUAGUGUCCAACAAAUUAAAAUAGGGCAUUAAGGCAAAAGUAAAAUUAGGGCUUAGUUUCAAAGAUCAGAUCUUAUUGUGUUGUGAAUUGUAGUGAUGAUGAUGAUCACUCCUAAGAUAGGUGGGAAGUGAAGUACCACCAAGGAAAAGGAAGGAUUGAUCAUGAUUUCGCAUCACUUAAUUUGAUAUUAUGAAUUCUAUAUUAUUUUAAUGUUCGAAUAAAAUUAUUUUU